UCUGUGUCGUGUCCCGGGGUCCGUGGGCUGCGGCGCGGCGCGGAGCGGCGGGCACUCGGGCCUGCGGGCAGCAUCAUGUCCCCGGGGAGCGGGGUGAAGAGCGAGUACAUGAAGCGCUACCAGGAGCCGCGCUGGGACGAGUACGGGCCGUGCUACCGCGAGCUGCUGCACUACCGCCUAGGCCGCCGCCUGCUGGAGCAGGCGCAUGCGCCCUGGCUCUGGGACGACUGGGGCCCAGGCAGCUCCUCGGACGACUCGGCGUCGUCCGAGUCGUCUGGCAGCGGGAGCCCAGCGCCCCAGUGUGCUCCGGCCUCGCCCGCGGAGCAGGAGGAGACGGAACGGGGGGUGCACGGGUUCCCGGAGGAGCAGGGCGCAGAGGCCGGGGCCGCGGAGGACGCGGCUCUGCCUGCACUGCCAGUGAAAGAUGCAGAAGAAAAACCGGAACAAAUCAGAACAAAAGAGACCGAUAUAUUACCCACCGGUACCGAACCACGACAACAACGAAGUGCCUUAUUUGCCAGAGGAAAUAGGGAAGCGGUCAGAAGUCCCCAAAGAUCAUCAAGCAAAAUAAAAGAACACAAGCAUCCAUUUGCUCUUUAUGGCUGGGGAGAAAAACAGACCGACACAGGAAGCCAAAAAACUCACAACGUAUGUGCGUCUGCCGCUGUGCAUGAGAUUCAUGAAUCAGCAUUGCGAGCCAAGAACAGAAGACAGGUGGAAAAAAAGAAAUUGGUUGCUCAAAGGCAACGCGCUCACUCUGUGGAUGUGGAGAACAGAAAGAUGAAGUCUUCCUCCUCGGAGAACCCGUGGAUGACAGAAUACAUGAGGUGCUAUUCGGCCAGAGCCUAAAGAACCAGUCACGUGGACAGCCUCUUAAAAAGUGUAAGUGGCAGAAAGGAAAAUCAAAACAAGAUGAAAACCAUGAAAAGAAACUGGACACAGAUUCAAGAAACCAACUGAAUAUGCAAGGUUUUUCUUAGGAAAUUCCUAAAAGAUUGUUUUAUUUUGAUGAAUUAUUGGUCACCUACCUCGGCAGUAGGGCAGACAGUUGAAGCCAUAGACAUUGGGUUAUUUAUGAAGAGAAUUUCCUAAAUCUUUGAUAUUCUUAUAAGGGUUUAAAGCAUCUUAAUCUUUUAAAAUACUGACACCAAAUGCCUUUAAAUGGCUACAGAUGCUUACAAUUCAGUAUUCUCAAGUUUAGGUGAAGCCCAUUUUCAUUCUAUUCUGAUUAACUUUUCAGAUUCCAUAGCUGUAAGAUGAUUCCAUCUGACAGCAUAAAACUCAUUUUCCUUAUGUGCAGUUUUCUUUGUAAAAGACUAAGUUGAAAAUGAGUUUCAACAAUACUUUUAAUUCCAUGUAUAAUGAAACUAGAACUUUGGUGGUUCCUGAAAAAUUAAACUUAUUUGUAUUUUAGUUCAGCAUCACCUUCAUGUAGAUUGUGAUAUUUAAGAAUUACCUGGGCCAGGUGAGGGUCACUUUUUCCCUUUUAAAUUAUCAUCUAGGCACUUAAUAGCUCAAAUACAUUCCAACAUAUGACGA